AUGCAUAAAGUUAAUGUGACAGAACAAUCUUUUACUGCAAACCCAGUAACUGACUAUCCGUGGACGAAAACUACGGAAGAAAUUAUCAAUACAUACAAUGUCGAUGAACAAAACGGGUUGUCCGAAGAACGCGUUCAACGUGAUUUGGAAAGAUAUGGACCUAACGAAUUACCAGCUGAAGAGAGCAAACCACUUUGGAAGCUCAUUUUAGAACAAUUCAAUGAUCUUCUAGUCAAAAUCUUACUUGCUGCCGCUUGCAUUUCAUUCGUCUUAGCUCUUUUCGAAGAACACAAAGAAGAAGACAGUCUUGUCGCAGCUUUUGUUGAACCACUUGUUAUUCUUCUUAUUCUCAUUGCGAAUGCUGCCGUUGGAGUAUGGCAGGAACGAAAUGCAGAGAGUGCCAUCGAAGCCUUGAAAGAAUAUGAGCCUGAAAUCGCGAAAGUUGUUCGACAAAAUCGACCAGGACAAAUCCAACGGAUCAAAGCACGAGAUCUCGUACCAGGAGAUAUUGUGGAAGUGGCUGUUGGAGACAAGGUGCCAGCUGAUAUUCGUAUCACGACGAUUUACUCGACGACACUUCGUGUUGAUCAGUCGUUAUUGACAGGUGAGAGUGUUUCGGUGAUCAAACACACAGACCCAGUGCUUGAUCCACGUGCUGUCAAUCAAGACAAAGAGAAUCUUUUGUUUUCCGGAACAAAUGUUGCAUCGGGUAAAUGUCGAGGUGUUGUUAUUGGAACUGGUUCCAGCACAGAAAUAGGUAAAAUUCGAUCAAAAAUGGUUGAAACUGAAGAAGAGAAGACACCUUUACAACAGAAAUUGGAUGAAUUCGGUGAACAAUUAUCAAAAGUCAUUUCUGUCAUCUGUAUUGCCGUUUGGCUAAUCAAUAUCGGUCAUUUCAAUGAUCCAGUUCAUGGCGGUUCAUGGCUUCGAGGUGCUAUCUACUACUUCAAGAUCGCUGUCGCUCUAGCUGUCGCUGCUAUUCCCGAAGGUCUACCAGCUGUCAUCACAACUUGUCUUGCAUUGGGUACACGCCGAAUGGCCAAAAAGAAUGCCAUCGUCCGAUCACUUCCAUCCGUCGAAACACUCNUCAAGCAUGUCGAUUCCAACGCUGUCCAAAAUGAACGAGCACCACGUCAUGGAAGCAAACGACCAUUGCCUCUUCCUAUCACAGCUCCGCCUUCUUCUCGUUCUCUUCCGCUUCCACGAAUGCAGUGUUGGACACCACCAACAUCUGCAGGGUAUGUAAACGAGUCACCACAAGUGACAAUGCCAUUUGGCUUUCGAAAUUUACCAAUUAAUAAUACGUCAUCGCCUAUCUGGUCACGCAUGUUGUUUCAUCAGCAACCACAACAACUGCAUUCGUCGUUGAACUCAACACAACAAACCAUCUCCGAUGCUUCACAUACAGAUGAAACGCCUUCAUCACUUGAUGUCUCCAACGAAGAAACAAUGUGUGAAACAGCUUCUUUCAUUUUACUUGAAUCAAUUCGAUGGCUAUAUUCUGUACCUUCAUUUAAAGAUCUAAAUGAAUCAGAUCAAUAUUGUCUGAUUGAACAAUCUUGGUCAACACUUUUUCUCUUGACAUCGGCAGAAAUGAAGAGAUUCAUUGAUCAAUGUGAAAAUGAUUCAUUCGAUGACGACAGCCAAUAUCCACUAUUUCAAUCCAUAAUCAAGGAUUUAGUAUCACAUUCAAUCGAUCAAACCGAAUAUACAUUAUUAAAACUGUUCAUUGUCUUUAGUCCUCCAAACAAUAGAGAACUACAUGGUCAGUACGAAAUUGAUAAAUACCGAAAGGAUGCAUUAGUUAUGUUAAAUGAAUACAACAGAAAUUCGAAGUACAAACGAUUGGCUGAACUUCUCUCGCUUCUGUCAAAGAUUCAGGAAAUCAUGCCGACAAUUUCUUUGGACAAACUCUUCUUCCGACAUCUAAUUCAUCGAAUUUCAAUGCAGAAUCUAUUGCACAAUAUUAUUCGUCACAUUCAAACACUCCGCCGUUGA